AUGGCAUCCACCACCUCCAAUCUUCCCAAAGCAACCUACCGCCAAUUAGGCCAGAGCGGUCUGCGCGUCAGCAACCCCAUCCUGGGCGCCAUGUCCAUCGGCGACGCCCGCUGGCAACCCUGGGUCAUCGAAGAAGCCGACGCACUCCCGCUCCUCAAAGCCGCGUACGACCGCGGCAUCAACACCUGGGACACGGCGAACGUGUACUCCAACGGCGUGUCGGAAAUUCUGAUCGCGAAGGCUAUCAAGAAGUACGCCAUUCCGCGGCACAAACUCGUCAUCGCGACGAAGUGCUGCGGCACCGUGCGAGAGGGGAAUGAUGCCGAGACGCUUGCGUUGAAGGACGUCGAUAAGACGGUUGACUACGUUAACCAGCGCGGCUUAUCUCGACAGGGAAUCUUCAAUGCGGUGAAUGCGAGUUUGCAGCGUCUUGAGACGGAUUAUAUCGACUUGCUGCAGAUCCAUCGCUUUGAUGCGACGGUUCCCGUGGAGGAGACGAUGAAGGCGCUGCAUGAUUUGGUGCAGAGCGGGAAGGUGCGGUAUUUGGGGGCGUCGUCCAUGUGGGCCGUGCAGUUUGCUAAGAUGCAGUGGGUGGCGGAGAGGCAUGGGUGGACGAAGUUUGUGAGUAUGCAGGGGUAUUAUAAUUUGCUCUAUCGGGAGGAGGAGAGAGAGAUGAAUCGCUUCUGCUAUGAGACUGGGGUUGGACUGAUACCGUGGGGCCCGCUUUCACAAGGCUCUCUCGCUCGCCCAGUGGCAGAAACAGGGCAAACGACUCGAUCGCAAGGCAAGGAAAUCACCACGGAAGCCGACAAGGCCAUCAUCCAACGUGUACAAGAGCUGGCGGAGAAGAAGGGCUGGCCCAUGGCGCACGUUGCUUUGGCUUGGAUCAAUGCGCGCAUCAGCAGUCCCAUCAUUGGCUUCUCGAGCGCCAAACGUAUGGAUGAAGCUGUUGAAGCGGGUGGCAAGGCUCUCAGCGAGGAGGAAGAGCGGUAUCUUGAGGAGCCGUAUUUGCCGAAGCAGGUUGCGGGCUUCGAUACUUCGCUGAAGAUCCCUAAGCCAACUUGA